AUGGGAAUUAACAUUUCCAGCACGAUCGCAGGAGCUUGCAAUCAGCCAGCCUUCAAGUUCACUUCUGCGGCUGGCUACGGCACUCUGAAUCAUCACUGUGUUCAAGCAGCUCGCGCCAACAAGAUGUCUUCAUCCAAUAUCGCUGUUGCUAUGAGUGGCAUCAAGGAUGCUGAUGAUGAUGACAUUGCCGGGACUGGUCAAGUUUAUCCAUUUCCCUCGGGUUUUGGAAUACCUGCUCUCAGUCAUCACAAAGACGACUUAGAGGGGGCCCGAGAAGUCCUCCAACGUCACUUUGAAAAAAUACAUGGCGCGGUGGAUAUAGGCCAACCUGCAGAAGCUUCACAGCGUAUCUACUUCUACAGUCUGCCAGUCAUUACUCCAUGGGAAGACGGAUUCUCUGGGGUGCAUCGCCGUUUUUCAGCAGAGCCUCGAAACCUGACGGCAAUGGAAAUAUAUCAUCAACAAAGUGCCAGUUAG